UUCAUCGGAGCUAGUUGGCGAUCCUUGAACUUGUCGAUGACGUUGUGCAUGGGUCAGGGAUUGAGCAUGGCAAUCAAGGGAGCCGGCCUGCUCCUCUUCCUCGUCGGAGCCGUCUUCAUCUUCUGGCUGUCACCGCUCCGGCGCCGCCGCCGCCUGAGGCAGAGCGGCCUCGACGGACCCCUUCCCGUUUUCCCUCUAGGAAACUUGAUGGAGAUGAGUAGGAAGAGAGAACAAGAACCAGUGCCGCCAGCUUCUCCGGCCGGCGGCGGUGCCUCCGUCUCUCACGAUAUACACUCUUCCGUGUUCCCUUACUUCCACCGGUGGAGCAAAACUUACGGGAAAGUGUUCGUCUACUGGCUCGGAACAGAACCGUUCUUGUACGUCGCCGACCCGGAGUUCCUUCGGCAGGCCACCGCCGGCGCCAUGAGCAAGAAAUGGGGGAAGCCCAACGUGUUCAAGCGCGACCGGAAGCCCAUGUUCGGCAAUAGCCUUGUCAUGGUCGACGGCGAUGACUGGGCACGCCACCGCCAUAUCAUCUCGCCGGCGUUCUCCGUCACCAAUCUCAAUAGUAUGACAAUCUUGAUGGCGGAGACGACGGAGAAGAUGUUGAGGGAGUGGAGCGGGAGGGUGGCGGCUGGACUCCCGGAGAUGGACGUGGAGAAGGACAUCACGGAGAACGCGGCGGAGAUCAUCGCGAAGGCGAGCUUCGGAAUGAGCGAGGAGAAGGGGAAGAAGGUGUUCGAGAAGCUGCGGCGGAUGCAGGCGAUGCUGUUCCGGACGAACCGCCUCGUCGGCGUGCCCUUCGGCGACCUCUUCACGGCGGCGAAGUCGUACGAGGCGUGGCGGCUGGGGAAGGAGAUCGACCGCUUGCUCUACGCCAUCAUCGACGCCAGGAAGUGCCAGAAUUCGCAUAAUGACGGCGACCAGGAGGAUCUGCUCGGGCUGCUGCUGAAGCAGGGGCGCGAGUUGACGACGCGCGAGCUGGUGGACGAGUGCAAGACGUUCUUCUUCGGCGGGCACGAAACGACGGCGCUGGCGCUGACGUGGACUCUACUGUUGCUGGGGCUCCACCCUGAGUGGCAGUCGGCGCUGCGGAAAGAGGUCAUGGAGGUCACCGGAGAAACAGAGACGGCGGCGCUCGACUCCGCCGCGCUCUCUAAGCUCACCAAGAUGGGGUGGGUUUGGAACGAGGUGCUGAGGUUGUACUCGCCGGCGCCCAACGCGCAGAGGCAAGCUCGGGCGGAGGUGCAGGUGGGGGAGGUGGCGAUCCCGGAGGGGACAAACAUGUGGGUGGACGUGGUGGGGAUGCACCACGACAAGGCGCUCUGGGGGGACGACGCGAACGAGUUCCGGCCAGAGAGGUGGUCAGGGGAGGUGGCGUCAGCGGCGGCGGAGCGCGGUGGGUGUCGACACAGGAUGGGGUUCCUGCCCUUCGGGUUCGGGGGCAGAAUCUGCGUUGGGAGGAACCUGACGGCGAUGGAGUUCAAGAUCGUGCUCAGCCUCGUGCUGCGAAGGUUCGCGUGGUCGGUGUCGCCGGCGUACUCCCACUCGCCGCGGAUCAUGCUGUCGCUCCGCCCAUCGAACGGCGUUCGCCUCAUCCUUCGGAACUUCAACGAAGAAGAGGACAAGAAAUAUUAAAUAAAUUAUAAUUAUCUUUAAAUCAUGGUAUAAUUAAUAAUUAUUUUUGUUUUGUGUAUUUGUAAACCGGCGACUGUGUGUUUAAUUAUUUAAAUUAAUAAAAACAUGAUUAGCAAAAA